AUGCAGGUUACGGAGAGCUCAUGGAACCGUGAGUUGAGAAAAGUCCGGCGGUUGCGACAAGCUCAUGCCCGACAGCAGGACAAGAUGUUGAUAUGCAGCCUCAAAGAGCGGGUUUUGCACCUCGAACUUGAACUUCAACAGGUUAAGAGCCUUGUGGCUCACGCUGAGACAGGGGUGGUGGGCAAUGGCGACAUAGACAGCGUGAGAUUGAAUGUUGGACGAGAACGAGGUACACCUGCAUCACAAGAGUCAGCCGUUCUGAAGCGAAAGCAAGCCGAAGCACCUUCGGUACGGAGCUCUGGGGUUCAGACUGUGACGCAGGAUGUCCGCCGACAUGGUCAGACGUACCUGGUGCAACCUCUGCGUGAUAACCUGUGGACAUGGAAGGAAGCCGCGAUGUCACUGACGGAAGCAUCAUCUCCAUUCCUCGAGAGCUUUUACUACAACAUGUAUGGAGACGGAUGGGACGGUAGCGCAAGACAGCACGGCGAGUUCUACAUAGGAUCCGAUAGUGAUAGUGAGGAACAAGAAGGCCUUUCGAUGGAAAGAUCUGAGGCCAGCGCCAGCGCUGGUGGCUAG